CACAGGACUCAGCCGACGUCGCUGCAGUUGAUCACUCGACUGCCCGUUGCUCCUGUCUCCUUCGACCGCCCAGCACAACAACCCCCUUCUAUCUACUGUAGCAGCGACGAUGUCGGCUGUGGACGUGGCUUCCUCCUCCUCACCCGUGGAGACGGACGAGGCCGGCAAGACGAUGGUGGCCAUGGGCGGCAUGCAGAACAUGGCGUGGGCCGCCGACACGUCCAAGUUCGGCUUCAAGAUGCUGGUCAAGAUGGGCUGGUCGGCCGGCAAAGGCGUGGGCAAGAACCUGCAGGGACAGGCCACUCACGUGAAGAUCGCGCGCCGCUCGGAGAACCUGGGCGUGGGCUGCAGCCUCAAGCAGGCGGAGGUGCAGGGCUGGUCCGAGACGGCGGGCGGCUUCGCGGACGUGCUCAAGACGCUCAACAAGUCGUACGGCGGCAGCAAGUCCGGCUCGGACGCCACUGACAGCUCGGACGAGAGCUCCAACGGCAAGACCAAGAAGAGCAAGAAGGGGAAGAAGGCCAAGAAGGAGAAGAAGUCCAAAAAGGAGAAGAAGGCCAAGAAGGACAAGAAGAGCAAGAAGGCUGGGGCCGAGAAGACCACCGUCUCGCGGCGGCUGCACUACCGCAAGCGCCAGACCAACAAGGACGCCAAGAACUACGGCGCCGCCGAGAUGGCGGCCAUCCUGGGCGUCGCCUCCUCCACCUACCAACCCGCCGCCGAGUAAGACUACCUACCGUUCAGCCGAGCCCAGUUCUCUUGAAGCGCACGCCACGAACGCGCGCCUGUGUUAAUGACUAUUUAGAGCCUUUCGGGCCAAUACAUAGCAAG